CCCAAGGUCGUUUGCCUUUUGGCGCCAUUGUUUACCUUUAUCUGACAAGCCAAUUAAUAUUCACAAAAUGGCUGAUCGAUCUUAACAUCUUUACAUCGAUUUUAUUACAGUUUAUUAGUUGUUGAAUAAACCUUAUCGGAUUUCCUUGCGGCAACCUUUAUAACUAAACACCAUAGAACAGUAGCAGCCAUUUUCAUCAGCAGCUAAAAUGCAAUUGACGGAUGAGUUAGCUAUUGUUAAAUUCAAGUUUUUAAGCUUCAAGCAGAGUAAAUAACAACAAAUUAUCGAUUGCCCGGAUGUUGAAUGGAGUUAGAACAGAUGUCAAUACGAUGAGAAAACAAUGGUGACUUUCAUUUGUCACGUUGGUGAUUUUUAAAGAAAUCAAAAGAUGGAGAUGAAAAGACAGAAUGUCCGGACUCUUUCUUUAGUCGUAUGUACAUUCACAUACCUCUUAAUUGGUGCUGCGGUUUUCGAUGCAUUAGAAUCAGAAUACGAAGUUGAGAACAGACGAAAAUUAAAAAACGAAACCCAAGCGAUCAUCGAUAAAUUCAACAUUACACCUGAACACUUUGAGAAAAUAAGAUAUAAUGUUAUAAAAUCCAGACCGUACCAGGCAGGUACACAGUGGAAAUUUCCGGGUGCACUUUAUUUUUCUCUAGUUGUAGUUGCUUUAAUAGGUUACGGUCACAGCACACCCAAAACAGUAUGGGGAAAGUUAUUUUGUAUGACGUAUGCGUUGGUUGGUAUUCCAUUAUGUAUGAUAAUGUUUCAGAACGUUGGCGAACGGUUAAAUACAUUCGUAACAUACUUACUAAAACAAAUUAAGAAAUGCUUCCGAAUGAAAAACACCGAAGUGUCACAAACAGACUUGAUAUUUAUUACUACGAAUUUAUCAACUGUCAUUAUAACUGCAGGUGCCCUUAUGUUUUCGCAUUUUGAAGGAUGGCGAUACAUUAAUUCAUUAUAUUACUGUUUUAUAACAUUGACUACAAUAGGGUUUGGUGAUUAUGUGGCACUUCAAAAGAAUAAUAUGUUACAAGAAAAACCGCAUUACGUCGCACUUAGUGUUAUAUUCAUUUUGUUUGGCUUAGCUGUCAUUUCAGCCUCAAUGAACCUUUUGGUGUUGCGAUUUUUAACAUUAAAUGCAGAAGAUGAACGAAGAGACGAACUUCAAGCCGCUGCCGCUGCACAAAACGCUGUUCAUUUAGAGGGUGACGUCAUUACUGGUAAUUCUACCGUCGUUGGUAAUGCACAAGAGCAGCCAGAAUUUCAGGAAGUUGUUUCAGUGUGUUCAUGUUCCUGUUACAAAUGGCGGUCACCACGUGACAAAAUAUACAAUUCGACAGUGAACUCUAAUCAUGUUUCUUCUUUUGUUCCUAACAGUUCUUUUGCCAAGGAAGAUACCAAUUCAGAAACGGAUUCGUUUUUAGUUUGGCAGCGAAGCAAGAGAGCCUCGUUAUAAUUUUUUAAUGUAAAAUAUAAUCAAAAAUGUUCUAAUAAAACCAUUUGAAGAUACUUUCCUGUUCAGAAAGAUAAAUCAAACAGUCAGUGGGCUUGUAACUUGAACUGUUCUGUUUAAACGAGGUGCAUAACGUAUUUAGUCAGCUUGCAAUUAAUACUACAUAUAUGUACUUAUGGUCAAUUGACGGCUUUAUCGGGUUUUCAUAAUUUCCUUAACUUCUUUAUUUGCUUUUUGAAAUUAAUAUAUGCAUUAAUAUAUUACUACUUUAAUUUUAGGUCAAAAUUUGGGAAAAAACCAACAUUUCUCGAAUUCUUUACAAGCCUGAUAUUAUUUGUUUUAUUAUCUUGCGUAUCAUGUUUGUAUAUUACUAAAUUGUAUUUGAAUGUUAUGUGUUGCUU